CAUUUCCCAUGAGUCAGCACGCGCCUCUACAUAUCCCAGAGUUCAUUGCGUCCUGCAGAAGCAAGAAGGUCGAGCUGUGUGCUAAAGCUCGUCAGAAAUAAGGAUAUAACCAUGCUUGGACAAGCCGUAAGACGAUUCGCAACAUCUGCUGUUCGUUCUUCACACUACGCUGAAGGACCAGGAAAGAACCUGCCGUUUUCUGUGGAAAACAAGUGGCGUCUGCUGGGCAUGAUGGUGCUGUUCUUUGGCAGUGGCUUUGCAUUCCCCUUCAUUGUUGUCAGACAUCAGAUCCUGAAAAAGUGAAAUGGACCAGCGUUGUUAUUCACCCUCUGAGGUUUUCAGCUGGAACAUAUUGAUCCUUCAGGGUUCUAUCCAUGCAGAAAAAUGGGAACCAUUCAUUUGUCUUUGUAAAUAAAGUUUCCCUAAAUAUGAAAA